AUGACCCGGAGCAUGUUUGCAUGGCGAGGCUGUCGGCAAAUCCCACUCCUUGACCCCCCGCAUUGGCUUGCGAUUAGACCAUUUCUGAGUCGUCGUGCCUUGCGCCAGUCGCCCCAACAUGGCACCCGACAAAACGCUGAGGAUCUUCAAACCGCGAGGUCCUGGCUGAGUCGGCUUUCAUCCCAGACCAUUCCCAGAAGUAUCUGCGAGAUCUCUUUCAGCAGGUCGAGUGGUCCAGGCGGUCAGAAUGUGAAUAAGGUAAACUCCAAGGUGACGCUCAGGGUGCCAUUGGGCCUUCUUUUCCCUCUCGUCCCUUCGGUCCUACACCACGAAAUUCGGUCGUCGCGAUAUCUUGCUGGGAGGACGGAUAGCCUGGUUAUCCAAUCGGACGAAACGCGAAAGCAAUCGCAGAACCUCGAACUCUGUUUCGAAAAGCUUCGUGAUGUCCUUGCCGAAGCCGGCAAAGCAGCCAUUCCUGGCGAGACAUCGGCCGAGCAGAGGAAGAGGGUGAAAGAACUCCAAAACAGGGCGAACGAGGCGAGAAUCCGGAUGAAAAAGGUGCACAGCAACAAAAAGAACAACCGUAAAGGUAAAGGGUAUGAUGAUUGA